CCGUGCGGCUCGGUAAAAUGGCUGUAUGUAGCGGAGCCUCGUGUUGGUUGGGUUAGCUCCCUCUGCCUCUACCCGGGCUCAGUAACACAACUCCCACAACAAUUUCUGUCGCUUCUCUACGCAUUGUAUGGAGCCUCCAUCAUCUCUCUAACCCAGUUUACGGAGCCGGAACCGGCGGGAUGGCAGCCGGAUUCGGUCCGGAUUAAGGGUGGGAAUGAAUCGACACAAGGAUUAAUGGUUUUUAACAUUUAUUUAUAUUCAGUGCUAGCUUUUGAUUGUGACUGACUCGCCGAGAGAGGGAGAGAGAGAGAGAGCGAGAGAGAGAGGUUGGGGGGGUAAUAUCAUGGCCGCUCAGGUCGCCACUCUGAACACUAGUCCGCCUUCUGAACUUAAAAAGYCGGAUCGAGAGCUCAAGGACGAUUCGGGUCCGGGAGAGAAGCAGUCCGAUAAAAAGCAGCCGGGUUUGGACAGCGUGUCGCCGGGCCGUGGGGAGCUGCAGGACGGAGCCGACGGUGGAAAUGCAGGGGGAGGAGGGGAACCUGAGAUGAAGAACGGGAAUGGGAACCCGCCCAGGGUUAAUAAUAAUACCCCGAAUGACUCAGUCGGACCGGAGGGAAACAACCAUCCCGGUUUUGUGCAUUACCACGGCGCCGCCGUUCCUCCACCUUCGUACGGAUUCARUCAGCACUACGGUCGGGCCGCUUUUCAUCAAUAUGGCGGACAACAAAGCCCUGGCAUGCCAGCUGCUUCUGCGGGUCCGGGUGUGCAGUCGAGCAACAUGAUGGACCCGUACCAACCCAAUUCGCACGAGCAUGGCUUCUCGAACCACCAGUUCAACAAUUACAACCCGUUCCCGAGCAGGACUCCGUAUCCCGGCCAGGGCCAGGCGUACGCCAUGAACUCCCCUCGCAGCGCUCAGGCGCCGACAGCUGGGGGGCAGCCAGCUAAGCAGCAGCCACCGCCGGGAGGACCCGCGGCGAUGGCCGGAUCUUACAACAACCAGAGGUAUAACAUCGGGAACCCGCAGCCGACCUCCACGCCGACACUCAACAAGCUCCUAACCUCACCCAGCUCUACGCGGGGAUACCCGAACUACCCGUCCGGCGACUACGGUGGCCAAGAGGGAGCUAGUAAGGGACCAGCGGAGUACGGAGGGAGUAAUCCGGGCUGGCAACAAAGAAGCCAUCACCCGUCCCCCAUGAGCCCGGGAAGUGCUGGGCAGCCGCUCGCACGGAGCCAGCCUCCAGGUCCCAUGGAUCCAAUGGCAAAAAUGAGAGGUCAGCCAUACGGAGCAAGCAGUCCAUACAGUCAGCAGUCACAGCAGGGACCUCCUGCUGGCCCUCAACCUGGGCCGGGGUACCCAGGCCAGGGUUAUGGCCCUCCAGGACCCCAGCGAUACCCAGUAGGAAUGCCAGGACGUACCCCUGGAAACAUGGGUGGAAUGCCUUAUGGUCCACAGAUGGGUACUUAUGGACAGCAGGGACCAGGGGGGUAUGGUUCUCAGGGCCAGGCCCAAUAUUACAACCAGCCAGGCCAGGCUCCUCAUCCGGGUCAACAACAAUCCCUUUACCCACAGCCCACACCUGGACAACCUGGCAGGCAGUCUCCUUACCCAGGGCAGCCCCACCCUCCAACUCCAGCCUCACACAACCAAGGAGGACCACCCUAUCAGCAGCCCCACAUGCCCCCGCAGUCCCAGGGGCCACUGCCAGGCCCGUCACAAGGACCCCCUCAGUCCCAGCCGCCCUACACUCAAGCAUCGGCCCCACAGUCCAGCCAGUCUCCUUAUGCCCAGCAGCAGGGGCCUCCCGGUCAGGCCCCGCAGCAGCCAAGCUCCCAGGCUCCUCCUGGAUCACAAGGUCAAUCUAGCUACCCAGGAUCCACGCAGGGUCCACCGCAGCCCCCCUCGCAGCAGCAGGCGCAGACUCACCCGCAGCAGCCGCCGGGGCACGGCCAACAUCCACAGGGGCAGCCUGCAGCGUACCCCCAAAACGCUCAGCAGCAACAAGCACAGCAGUCUCCUUAUCAGCGCUUUCCUCCUCCACAGCAGCAGGAGUUAUCCCAGGACUCAUUUCAGUCCAACGCACCUCCAUCCACUCAGUCCAAAUCUGGCUCAGAGGACGGUCAGGGCCGCCCAUCCAGCCUUCCGGACCUGUCGGGGUCCAUCGAUGACCUGCCCACGGGUACGGAGGGCGCCCUGAGUCCCGGCGUCAGCACGUCGGGCGUGUCGAGCAGCCAGGGCGAGCAGAGUAACCCCGCCCAGUCGCCCUUCUCGCCUCAUACGUCCCCCCACCUGCCGGGCAUCCGGGGRCCUUCGCCUUCCCCGGCGGGUUCCCCCGCCAGCGCCAGCACGCCCCGCGCAGGACCGCUGUCACCCGCCAACAUGCCAGGGACCCAGAUGCCUCCCAGACCAUCAAGUGUGCACUCUGAUGGGAACCUGCAUCCUGGGAUGAGUCAGUCUCCGAUGGCUCAGGACAGAGGGUUCAUGCAGAGAAACCCUCAGAUGCCCCCUUACGGCUCCCCCCAGUCUGCCUCUGCGCUGUCGCCUCGCCAGUCCUCCGGAGGACAGAUGCAUCCCGGGAUGGCCCCGUAUCAGCAGAACAGCUCCAUGGGUGGCUACGGGCAGCAGGGAGGACAAUACGGUCCUCAAGGUUAUCCACGCCAACCUGCCUAUGGCAAUAUGCCCAACGCCAACUACCCUGGACCAGGGAUGGGCUCCAUGAACCCCAUGGCAGGACAGGGUGGAGGCCCGCCAUACGCUGGUAUGCCUCCAGGAAGGAUCCCUCCAAAUCAAAUGGGGGCGCGUCCCUAUGGCCCUAAUAUGGGCCCCAGCAUGGGGCCAAACAUGCCUCCCAACAUGGGCAACAUUCCACCCCAGGUAGUCUCCGGAAUGUGCCCUCCUCCAGGCAUGAACAGAAAGCCCCAGGACCCGACAGCCAUGCAGCAUCCUCCUACCAACAGGAUGCCCGGUUACCCCAACAUGUCACCAUAUGGUCCGCCAAUGAAUAGCAUGCCUGGAAUGAUGAACACUUCUGGUGGGUCCCCUUAUCCCAUGGGACCAAACAUGGCCAACAACACAAGCGGCAUGGCCUCCAGCCCAGAGAUGAACAAUAAGGCGAAUAACAAGGUGGAUGGCAGCGUAACACCCAAACCAGAGCCCAAAUCCAAGAAGUCCAACUCCUCCACGACUACAAGCGAAAAGAUAACCCGCCUGUACGAGCUGGGACCAGAGCCAGAGAGGAAGAUUUGGGUUGACCGGUACUUGGCUUUUGUUGAGGAGAAAGCUAUGGGGAUGACCAACCUGCCCGCUGUGGGACGCAAACCCCUCGACCUGUUCCGGCUCUACAUGUCGGUCAAAGAGAUCGGAGGCAUGACCCAGGUGAAUAAGAAUAAGAAGUGGCGUGAUCUGGCCACCUCCUUGAAUGUGGGCAUGUCCAGCAGUGCUGCCAGCUCUUUGAAGAAGCAGUACAUCCAGUGUCUGUACGCCUUUGAGUGUAAAAUCGAGCGCGGUGAAGACCCUCCGCCUGAGAUCUUUACAGACAACAAGAAGAACCAAGCUGCCAAGGUGCAGCCCCCCUCUCCAGCGUCCCUCUGCUCCACAGCUGGGUCAGGCUCUCUACAGGGUCCGCAGACGCCCCAGUCCACCAGCAGCUCCAUGGCCGAGGGGGGAGAUCUGAAACCACCUACGCCGGCCUCCACUCCUCAUACCCAAAUGCCCCCCAUGCCACCCAGCUCCAAGAUCAGCUUCAGUUUGCAGGACCCCUUCUCUGAUGGCAGCGACCCUGCAUUUCUCAGGAAGAACAUGACCCCCAACUCCACCUACCAGCCUGGCAUGAACACACAAGACAUGCCCGGUCGCAUGGGCCCCUAUGAACCCAACAAGGACCCCUUUAGUAACAUGCGCAAAGUCGGGGAGCAGUUUCUACCUGCCAACCAGGGACCUAACAGUGUGGUGGGUGAACAACAGCAGCAGCAGCCGCCACAACAGCAGCCUCCAUUCAACCGAGGACCGCCCGGGGCCAUGGGCACAAUGCCACGACAGCAGUAUCCUUAUGGACCAGGCUAUGACAGGAGACCAGAGCAGGGGAUGGGUCCAGAAGGUAACAUGGGCUCUGGUGCCCCUCAGCCAAACCCCAUGAUGCCCGCCAACGCCGACUCGGGGAUGUACUCUCCAAACCGUUUUCCACCACAGCAGCCACGGCAUGAUUCCUAUGGUAAUCAUCAAUAUCCUGGACAGGGCACGCCCCCUGCUGGCUCUUACCCCAAUCAGCAGCCAGGAAUGUACCCUCAACAGAGCUACAAACGUCCUGUAGAAGGAGGGUACCCGCCAUCAAAACGCCACGAGACUGAGUACAGUGGUUCCUUCCCCGAGGGUCAACCAGCACCGCAGCAACAGCAGCAAGGAGGCACCUCUGCACCGCCUUCAGGACAGCAGGAGCCAUACAAUCAGUACAGCGGCACAGGGCCCUACCCUGGUCCUGACCGCCGUCCUCCUGGACCCGCCAAUCAAUUUCCUUUUCCCUUCAGUCGUGAGCGGAUGCAGGGAGCAUCCGGGCCCAACGCGCAGCCCAACAUGCCCCCUCAGAUGAUUCAGUCCGUCCCUGAGGGCCCUCAGGGGGGCAUGUGGCAGGGACCUCGAGAUAUCAACUAUCAGAACUACCCAAACCGACAAGGCGGUCCUGGUGGCCCACCUCAGGGACCGGGCUACCCUGGGAUGAACCGCUCCGAGGAGAUGAUGUCAUCAGAGCAGCGCAUGAAUCAUGACGGCCAGUGGGGGGGACAGAUGGGCCCUCGACAGCCUCCCUACGGUCCAGCUGGGCCUGGACAACCCAUGCCUCGUUCAGUACAGUCCAACUACCAGCCCYCUCAGGGGGUGCAGAACCACAUUCCACAGGUGCCCAGCCCGGCCUCCAUACCCCGCUCCAUGGAGAGCCGGACAUCACCCAGUAAAUCCCCCUACAUGCACGGAGUUAUGAAGAUGCAAAAGGCCGGACCCCCGGUGCCUGCAUCCCAUGUAGUGCCCCCUUCGGUGCAGUCGCCUCUAAUACGGAGAGACAUGCCUUUCCCCCCAGGCUCUGUAGAGGCUUCACUUCCUGUCCUGAAGCCACGGCGAAGACUAACCAUGAAAGAAAUCGGAACACCAGAGGCCUGGAGAGUUAUGAUGUCAUUAAAGUCUGGUUUAUUGGCUGAAAGUACGUGGGCCUUAGAUACCAUCAAUAUUCUCCUACAUGAUGACAACAGUAUUGCUACUUUUGAUCUUAACACGUUGCCUGGUCUGCUAGAGUUGGUGGUUGAGUAUUUCAGACGUUGCCUCAUUGAAAUCUUUGGCAUCCUGCGGGAGUACGAAGUCGGAGACCCUGGCCAGAGGACGCUGCUCGAUCCAGAUGCCUUAAAGCGAGACUUGGACAGCAUGGAAGAAGAGGAACCACUACCGGAGGACAUGCAACAAGAGGAGGUGGACGAUGAAGAUGAGGAGGACACCGAACGUCCAGCUCACGUGAAGGAGGAGGGCAACGAAGAACCGUGCCCCCGAGACGAGAAGAGGGAAGACGACGAGAGGAAAAGCAAAGGUCCGUCAUCCGUGCAGACGAGCUCGUUGCAGUUUCUACCCACCCACGAGAGACCCAAGCAGGCCAGCAAAUUCGACAAGUUUCCCCUGAAGGUAGUACGAAAGACAGACCCAUUUGUUGCCKCCAAAUCCAGCAGUCAUGGUAAAGUGCAAGAAUUUGACAGUGGGCUGMUUCACUGGAGUGCUGGAGGCGGAGACUCGACGGAACACAUCCAGACUCUAUUUGAGCCACGCAAAGACUUCUUGGAGCCACGAGAGCGAAUACCCGUUCCUGCGGCUCUAUUAAAGCGACGGCUCCUAGACGAAGACAUACGGGAACAUUGUUUGCCUGCCGAGGAAGAAAAAAGGAAGCAAGACGAAGAAGAAAGGCAAAAGCAGGCAUCUUUGUCGGAAAAAUCCACAGACUCKGAGAAGGCCAGCUCUGUGGUUAGCAGCGACGAAGAGAGGCAGUCAGAUUCAGACACAAAGCCAGCUGAGAAAGAUUCUAAAAGCCAUCAGGAGAAUAAUAGGUCCGUUCUUUCUUCUGGAAGUAUUUUAGCCCAACAGGCACAAGUGACUGGCACCAUCCUGGAGGAUGAGCCUCACAGUAAAGACGAAGGACCUCUUGUUACGCUGGCGAGCUGGCAGGAUUCGUUAGCCCGCCGCUGCAUCUGUGUUUCAAAUAUAAUCCGCAGCCUGUCGUUCGUGCCGGGCAAUGACCACGAGAUGUCCAAACAUCCCGGUCUGCUGCUGAUGCUCGGGCGGCUGAUCCUCCUCCACCACUGGCACCCCGAGCGCAAACAGGCCCCGCUCACAUACGAGAAAGACGAGGAUUCCGACGAGGGAGUGGGCCAAAAGGACGAGUGGUGGUGGGACUGCUUGGAGCUCCUGAGAGAAAACACCUURGUCACAUUGGCAAAUAUUUCAGGCCAGCUGGACCUCUCCGUCUACACUGAGAGCAUCUGCUUGCCCCUGUUGGAUGGUCUUCUCCACUGGGCUGUCUGUCCUUCAGCGGAGGCCCAAGACCCCUUCCCCACUCUGGGACCCCACAGUGCGCUGUCCCCUCAGAGGCUGGUCCUGGAAACGCUGAGCAAGCUAAGCAUCCAAGAUAACAACGUGGACCUCAUCUUGGCCACCCCGCCCUUCAGUCGGUUGGAGAAGCUCUACGGGAACCUGGUGCGGCUAAUCGGAGACCGGAAGGUCGCUGUCUGCAGGGAGAUGGCCGUAGUUCUGCUGGCCAACCUGGCCCAGGGCGACACUACGGCGGCCCGAGCCAUCGCUGUUCAGAAGGGCAGCGUGGGCAAUCUGCUGGGCUUCCUGGAGGACAGCCUGGCCGCCACCCAGCUUCAACAGAGCCAGAGCUCUCUGCUGCACCUCCAGGGGAUGCCCUUCGAGCCCACCAGCCCGGACAUGAUGCGGCGAGCUGCCCGGGCUCUGCUCGCCUUGGCGAAGGUGGAGGAGAACCACUCAGAAUUCACACUACACGAGUCCCGGCUCCUCGACCUGUCCGUGUCUCCGCUAAUGAACUCGCUGGUUUCCCACGUUAUCUGUGAUGUACUCUUUUUGAUCGGCCAAUCGUGACAGCUGUAGGGAGCUGUGCGCUCCGUUUAUUGGGGAGGGGCUUCAUCCCUCCCCCAGCCCCCCUCCUCCCCAUUAAAUCUGGCUUCUAUGUGGCAAGAAAAGUUCAAGUGACUGGCUUUAAUUUAUGAAAACCCUUCAGAGUCCAUUCUCUGAACCCUCCACAGGCCAACCUUCUUCGGGGAGGGGGGGCCAUCACAGAGCUGUAGUGGAGAGAUGCCGACAGACACUACUUGCAAUGUGAAUGCCAACUGGAUUACGGAGCAGGGCACCGUAGUGGGGAGACUGUUCUGCACUUGGGGAGGGAGGGGUGGGGGGUAGGCAGGAGAAAGUACUUUUUAAUAAAGAUAAAUAAAUGAAUAAAUAAAUAGCUGAAAAACAAAAACUGUAACCAAAGUUGCUGUCUCGUUUACAGUGAGUUUGGGAGACACGGCGUGCCCUAGCUCUCCCCUGGAGGGGCACAGUGAGUCUGUAACUGAGGUGAAGCAGACUGACAAAGUGACCUACUGGUUUUUAGUUGCUUGUAGUUGGAUCCUCACCAGUCAGCCCGACAGUGAACCGUGCUGUCAGUAAACACCUUCACCGGGGAGGCCUGUGCAGUGUGCAGUAGAUUGUAGGACAUUUUCUGUACCGUACUGCUCUUGAAGUGUAAGCAUUCUGUAACACGUUUCUCACAGAAGCUGACGACGCAGCUCUAGAGUUUUAAGGUCAUUUUAGUUUGGUGUUAAACAGAAGAAUGGCUUUCUUCCCCAAAGUAUCGAGAACCUACAACACCCUUACCUCCUCUUUAUCCCUUGAUUGUAUGAAUACCCUUAUGAAAAGAAAUCACCUCUUAGGACUGGUUUUCAACUUCAGAUACAGCUUUGCUGUGGUGUAUAUAUAUAAUGUUGUACAUUAUACUUCCUUUCUCUGUGUCUGUCUCUGUCUGUGUCACUAUUCUCACACUUGUUAUUGGUGCGGGACGGAGGCUGACAUGUUGGUUUGUCCUUGACCUCCUGUCCUCCGCCAUUUAUAGACCCACUCCUCCGGUCUCUCCACAGCUCUGUAGUACGGCAGACAUGGCUUAAACUUGUAAUAUUCUGGUACAAUGAGAAUAAACUAGAUGAAGUACACGUUUGACAAAUUUUCUCCAAUCAUGGAUUCUGCAUAUUUGUAUUUCAAGACCUAUGUAGCUAAGGCAUCAUGUAAAUUCCUCCCUUCCCCCCCCCCCUUUUUUUUUGGCUCAAGGAAUAUCAUUUAUUCAGUAUGAAAUCUUUAUACUAUAUGUUCCACGUGGUAAGAAUAAAUGUACAUCAAAUCUUCUUAA